AUGGUAAAGGAGUACAAAUCUCCACCACCACCACCACCACCAUCAUCAACUAAAACAACAACCACCACCUCAACAACAUCUUUAUCACCACCAAUAACUUCUCCAAGUGCAGUUUCACCUUUAAUUCCAACCAUUCCAACAUUAUCAUCAUCAUCAUCCAAGCCAAUACAAUUCAACUAUAACAAAUUGUCGGCUGAUACAUCAGCAACAAGUAAUAAUAAUAAUACAUAUGAUAAAGAUUUCAAAAUGGAUAUUGAUUCUCAAUCUACUUUGGCACAUGUGUUUCCUUCACCCAAGACAUCAAUGGCAUCAUCUUCACAAUCUAGCACUACCAUUCAUUCAACAGCAUCCACUACAAACAGUGACAGCAGUACUCAUUAUUACAAUGAUAGUGAUGAAGAAUUCAAUUUAUUGGAUUACUACCAGUAUUGUCUUGAGAAUAAAUUGGAAGAUCAGGCUUUUACAACACCAUCAAAGUCAACACUACAAAAGAAUUGUGAGAGUUUUUUGCCAGAUAUAUCCUUUGAACUGGAGAGGUCGUGUUUUUCCAAUAGUGGCUCUCUCUAUAUUCCACCACCACCACCUAUUCCCGAGAAAACUUCUAAAUUUGCAUUUGUAACUCCCAAUUCAUCAUCAUCAUCAACAAAAUCAUUGAUAUUACCAACAUCCUCAUUAUCAGCACCAUCAUCAUCUAAUCCCUCACCAUCAACAUCUAAUCCCCCACCAUCUACAACAUCACCAACAACAACCAUUUCAUCUACAAAACCACAAUCAUCCAAUACCUUACCAAAACUAUUAAAACUCAAACCAUCAGCAACAACAAAAUCAUUGAUAUUACCAACAUCUUCUUUAUCAGCACCAUCACCAUCCUCUAAUUUUUUAUCAGCACCAUCAUCAUCUUCUAAUUCUUUAUCAGCACCAUCAUCAUCUAAUCCCUCACCAUCAACAUCUAAUCCCCCACCAUCUACAACAUCACCAACAACAACCAUUUCAUCUACAAAACCACAAUCAUCCAAUACCUUACCAAAACUAUUAAAACUCAAACCAUCAGCAACAACAAAAUCAUUGAUAUUACCAACAUCUUCUUUAUCAGCACCAUCACCAUCCUCUAAUUUUUUAUCAGCACCAUCACCAACCUCUAAUCCAUCACCAUCUACAACAUCUACAACAACAACAUCCACUACCGAUAGUAGCCGUAGUAGAAUUGAAACAUACAAUCAUGUCGACAAGCGACCAAGAACGACGAAUUAUAUUUUCCAGGGAGGUAGAUUCGUCAAUGAAAGAGACGAAUAUAGCCUUCAGUCCAAUAACAACUCCACGGCUUUAGAAAUGGAAAUGGAUAUAGAUUAUCCUUCAACAACAACAACAACAACUACUACAACAACUCCUAAUAAUAAUAAUAUUAAUAAUAAAUAUAUAUUUGGAAUCGAUUGCGGAAGAUCAUCACAUGUAUCCAUCGAUGAACACGGUAAAACUCACUCAUUCUCUGUACAGGAACACUAUCUUAACUUAAGAAGUCGUUUCAACUCGGAAGCUCAAAAGAAAAUGUUGGGUCCAGCCAUGUUAAAGUUUGAAAGUCUAAUUCCACCUAGUAAGAAUAUCAAUGAUAUCUGUUUGGAUAGAUCACUGAUUAGCAACAGGAUUAGUUAUCUUAGAUUACACCCAACAACAACAAGAAACUAUCUCAACAUUAGAUUAGAUGAGUACAACCUAAUAAUGAAGAAGAAUAACUACUACAAAAAGCUCUUUAUUGGUUCUGCAAAGUUCAGCCACAACAGUCGUGGUCAUUCUUCUUUCAUUUCUUCAGCCACUCUCUACAAGUGGGUGAAGAAAAAAAAACAUAAAGCAUUAUGGAUCAAUGAAUGCUACACCUCAAAAGUUCAUAAUGCAUGUUGGAACAAGACGGAAAAGGAAAUUCUUGCUAAACUUAACAACAAAGUUAGCAAUAUGAAAGAUCCUCCGCCAUGUGCUCUUUCAAGUGGACCAUACUCCAAAUCAGUUAGCAUCGAUAGAAAUCAAGUAGCUGAGUGUCACAAGCAACUAUCAACACUACACCAGAGAGUCACAGGAUACAUAGAUGGUACGAAUAAAGUCAAUAGUUCUACUAAUAAAAGUAAUGAACGAUUUGACUAUAUGAAACACCACUCUUUGUAUUCCAAUCAAAUGUCUGGAAACAAUGUAAAUGUUGAUGGCUUGGCUAAGGAUCAUCCGAUCCUGAAAGUAUUCCAAGAGAAAAAAUGGAAAAGGCCACUCUGUCGCGGCUGUGGUCACUUCUACCACCGGGAUAAGAACGCUGCUAGAAACAUCUUACUUCUUGGAAUUUUACAUUCUAACAACAAUUUCAUAUUAACUCUAUUCUAA